UUCUAUUAAACGAGUGACACGGUUCCAUUUGUUCUAAUUUAGGCACACUCCAGCUGUCCAUUGUUCCGCUGCCGUUUUAAGGUUUUAAAAAUUUUUCUGUCCUUUUCCUGAAAGCCGACUACCGGGUACGCGUGCUAGUGAACAGAUUUCAGAUUUAAGGCUCCGCUGCGGAUACAAAAUUAGAGAUGUACGCAAGUUCAACGAAAUCAACAGGACCGCCGGGCAGGAUGAAAAAGGACGAAUCGCUUCUCGGAAAGCUUGGUGGUACACUAGUUCGCAAGAAGAAGGCAAAAGAAGUGAGUGACCUCCAGGAAGAAGGUAAAAAUGCCAUCAACGCUCCACUACUGCCUUCUUCAGCUGACCUGCUCCCAGAGGAACUGUUGCUGGAUGAGAGUGCUGAGAAGACUAUGUUAGAUCCCACCUCUAGAGAGAAUCCUAAAUUUAAAGAGCUACAGAAGGUCCUAAUUGACUGGAUUAAUAAUGAACUGGAAGAGGAGAGGAUCAUUGUAAAAGAUCUAGAGGAGGAUCUCUAUGAUGGGCAGGUGCUGCAGAAACUGUUUGAGAAGCUGUCGGGCCGUAAGCUGAAUGUAGCUGAGGUGACCCAGUCUGAGAUUGGUCAGAAACAGAAGCUUCAGACUGUACUGGAGGCAGUGAAUGACCUGCUCCGCCCUCAGGGCUGGACAAUAGAGUGGGGAGUGGAUUUGAUCCAUUGUAAGAACCUGGUGGCCAUUGUAUACCUGCUGGUGGCUCUGGCCAUGCACUUCUUGGCCCCCAUCCGGCUACCUGAGCAUGUCUCUGUGCAGGUAGUGGUGGUCAAGAAACGGGAGGGCAUCUUACAAACCUCCCAUGUAACCAAAGAACUUACAACCACGACAGAGAUGAUGAUGGGAAGAUUUGAGAGAGAUGCCUUUGACACUUUACUGGACCAUGCCCCUGACAAGCUUAACGUGGUCAAAACGUCACUGAUCACUUUUGUAAAUAAGCAUCUGAACAAGCUGAACCUGGAAGUAACUGAGCUGGAGUCACAGUUUGCAGAUGGUGUGUAUCUGGUACUGCUCAUGGGUUUGUUGGAGGACUAUUUCGUGCCUCUCUAUAACUUUUACCUCACACCAGAGAGCUUUGAACAGAAGGUGCAUAAUGUAGCAUUUGCCUUUGAGCUGAUGCAGGAUGGAGGCCUGAAGAAACCCAAAGCUCGACCAGAAGAUGUUGUGAAUUUGAAUCUGAAGUCUACCUUGAGGGUCCUGUAUAAUCUCUUCACCAACUACAAAAGUGCAGAAUGAUGUGGGAAAGGCCUUGCACCUUACUAAUAACACAUGCACACUGCUUGUAAUGAAGAAUUCAGCCUGUUGUGUGGUCUGUUUCUUUAAAGUUUUGAGAUUCUCUGCAGAAACCAUUAACAGAGGCUCCAACACUUUACUGUGCACAGUUUAUGCAAACACCGCCCACUGCUGUUUACAAUACUGUAUUGGAUUAAUAAUGUUUUAUAACCUUUAUAUGCUGUGUAAUAUUUAAAGUAUGAUGUCUGUUAUUAAAAUAAUUCCUAAGAAACACUUUUA